AUGUCACAACGCCGGCGGGUAUAUUAAUAUUAUAAUUUACAUGCAGCAGACUUCCACCAGGGGUACAUGUGUAUUUUUGCUGGUGUGGGUACAGAAACUUUUUUUCUACCAGUAAGUAGAUUCAAUGCAGUACAUUUAUGAUACUACAGUAACAUUUACCUCUCCAGCAAGAACAUAGGCUUCUAUAAUUCAUGUUCUUGACGUCAUAAAUAUGAAUAUGAAUAUCUUCUUCAACAGACAACUGGUUUGCGGACGCUUUCACCAAUUUCGAUGUGGACAAGGAAGGCUUUCUAAAAUUCGAUUGCGUGGUGGACAUCUUAGAACAGCAUGUAGACAUUUUGAGGAAGAAAGGCAUAGCCGUCGCGUCGAAGGACAAAUCUGUAGUGAGUGCUCCAGCCGGCGGCGGUGCGAAGACGGCAACUUUAGAAGGGAAAUUGCUGAGAGCAGCAAAAGAUAUAUUUGUUAUGACAGUAUCAACAUCUUCAACGCAACAGUUUCAACAUCAGAGAAAUCCGCAAAGCUCAGAAGAGAUUCAGGGAAGUCGUAGGACAAUUCCGAACCGACUCACAUCAUCAACGUGGCAACUCAUGUAGUGUUCAGUGGAAGUGGACACUACAUGAGUCGCAAAGGAAGGGACAACAUGAGUACAAAUCCACAUCCUCACGUUUCGUCCUGAUGUGGACGUGGAUUUUACUUGACAACCUAGGAAUCUGCGCAACAGGUUCAUUCUCUACAACCUAUAGCGAUCGUUCAAGUAAGAACGCCAACUCUUCUUGCUAAUAAGUGAGGAGGCUGGUAAUCCCCCCCUCUCCGAAUCUUCUAAUCUCCCUUCUCUGGAUCCAGGCAACAGCGGGAUGUUGGACCAGGACAAGAGUGUAUCAGCGAUCAAAAAGCUCUGGAAAGCGGUGCCGGAUCUAGGGAGAUGUCCCAGUUCAAGAUGUUAUGUUGAGUUGAAUGGGUUUGAAGCUUUCGCAUGUGAAGCUUUGGGUUUUUAUUCGAUGGGACCUGCGUGCUCCCGAUCAUUUCCUUUCCUCGGUCUUUUCAUGCAAAGACGCAUCCACGACCCGAAUAAGUAUGCUGCUACUCCCCUUUUCAUACUUAGUGCAAAGACGCAUUCACCAAUUUCGAUCUGAAGAAGGCGGGAGAAAUUCCAAUAGAAAGCUGGUGCGAGAUUGUGCGACAAUAUUGCUGGAAGAAAUUGAGUACCCUUCUGCUUUUCUUUGUUGUUAGGCAUCUAAAUACCUCCAAGAUGAAGAUCACGAUUAGGAUGCUUUAUUAUUAUUUCAUUCUUACACACAGGAAAGAGAGGAAUCUCAAGAUUAUCCUCUUCUUCCCUACAUAUUUCACAAUCUGCAUCUGCUGUUUACCAUCUCUUCUAUUCAUUCUUACAGGAAUUAUUUCAUUCUUACAGAAAGAGAGGAAUCUCUUUGAAGAAUCUGUUCUCUCCCAGAUCAAUGGCCCGAGAAUUUCAAGCAUGGGCGCAUAGUAGACGGAGGCAGGGGAGGGGGUGGAGGCGAUGGUGGCGAUUACAGAGCGCCUGGUGGAGCAUUAGAAGCCGUAGCGAUUGGGCAACAUGUCAUCACACCAACUUAUUCUGGAAAGAUGAAACUCUUUGACGACUAUGAAAUGGGGAAAAAGUUGGGUGAGGGUGCGUUUGGAAAGGUACAACGGAACUAGAAUUUUUCUUAUUGUUUUUUCUGGGAAAGUACCCUUUCCAAAUUGUUGAUAAUUGGAACUAUAAUUUUUCUUAUAUUGUUUAUUUUUUCUGCUUCUGCUAGCUUACGUUGUAAUAUCUGUUUUCAAUGUAGUGCAUUUGCAAUUGGAUGAAAGGUACAACUGCGUAAUUUCCCCUCUUAUCGAUUAUCCCUGAAUUCAGGUCCACGUCGCAACGCAUAAGCGAACAGGUAUUACUCGAGUGUGCAAGUCCAUCGUGCUGAAAGGCAAGGACCAACAAAAGUUGGUGGAUACGGAGAUUUCUCUACUAAAACAGUUGGAUCAUCCCAAUAUCAUGCGCCUAUUCGAAGCCUACUAUGACGGAGAUACGACCAUCUACCUCAUCACCGAAAUCUGUAACGGAGGCAGCUUGUUUGAUAGGUAUCAAUUACUUACUUCGUGGUCUCUUGUUUGUGAUUUUUAAAUAUCUUUUGGUAUGGGCUGGAGUGGUGUGGGUGUGGUCUUAACCUGCUUCAUUAUAAACAACUUAUUUGGUGUUAUCACCCUCAAAGAUAGACACGAACAGCAAGGGGAGAACGAGAAGUAUCUUCAAUCAUGAAGAAGAGCCAAAAAUGGCUUCGUAUUGUCCUGACGAUUUUUCUUGUCUCGUCCAGGUUGAUUUACCACACGCGCUCGCUGAAGCGGCCUAUGUCGGAGCGACAGAGUGGCCGUUACACGCAGCAGAUACUUCAAGCUCUUUCUUACUGCCACGCAAUGAAGAUCGUGCAUCGAGAUAUUAAACCAGAUAACGUGCUGUUUGUGAAUCUUAUGACAACUACCAGCACAAAAGUAUUGUAGUUGUUGUCAAUACGAGAUGCCAACCAAACGGUAGUUACAGUAGUUUUGGGUGCUUUCAUCUUGUCGUGUAAGUAAACCCGGCCGCUAAAAAAGCCCGCCUUGCAACGUCUCUCAACGUCUCUGCUCUAAUUCUCGAAAAUCCGAUUCCUCUGUGAAGGUUAUUGAUUUCGGUCUAUCCGAUUUCCUGGACAAGAUUGAGGCAGCUGCCAAGACGGUUCGAAUCAACAAGGAUAAGGAGAAAAUAGCAGAAGUUAAGGCAAGAACGACCGAAAAAGCAUCCCUACAAUGUCAUGAUCCUUGGCCUCUUUUUCAUCACGAAGAAAAAGAAUGCGCGUCCAAGGACAACUACAUAGCCCCAAGGAUAUUUUCUCUAGUUGGGUACUUCUUGGAAUACUGAGAAAAUGAACCUAAGCGAUGCAUUGUUUUGAGCUCUAAAGAAGGCAUCCGAAGGUCGUUAGGAGUCGCAAUACCCGGCGCAACGGAUCCCCUGUUGCGAAAGGUGAUGCCUAAAGCUGGAACACCUCAUUACAUGCCACCAGAGAUGCAUCAUAAAGCUUGGUACUAUACUCUUUCGUUCCUUCGUUCCUUCCACUACCUUAAGCAUUUCGUUCCUUCCACGAUGUCUGGUAUCGAUGCUUUCAUGCCAAAGGAUGCCAAGAUUAGGGCUUCUUCCCCUAAUCCAUCAUCUCGUGAAGCAUCCUAGGGAAGCUUUUCAAGGGGAAAAAGCUCCUACGAUGCAUUAAUGAUCGCUUGUAGCCUAUAAAUCAUCUUGACAUGAUGGUGCAUCAUAGUUUGGUGUAGAGGACUCACACGUGUUGUUGAUUUGUUGUGGUCCCCUUGGCAAGGAUUGUACCAUGAUGACACCGAAGAUAAGGGACUACGACUGGGCAACUCUCUCUCUAUAUAACUUUCUGCUUCCCAGGUAUGACGAGAAAGCAGACACUUUCGCCGUUGGGGUUAUGUUGUACCAGAUGUUGACCGGAAUCCAUCCCUUCUUCAUACCUGGCAGAGAUAAUGCAGAGACCGCUAAACAGAAGAUCGUUCUUUGUCGCGUGGAUUAUCCCGCAGAUAUUUGGAACAAUGUCUCGCCUCUAGCAAAGCAAAUGACGCAGCAGUUGCUAGAAGAAGACCCGAAGAAGCGGCUAGGCAGUGUAGAAGCAUUGAGUUAUGGCAGCUAUUGUCGAAAAUCAAAAUAUUGGAUCUUCCUGAAGGCCCCCUCAAGAAAAUCCAUCUACAAGGAUGCCAAUUGUUCCAUCCCAAAUCGAACCUACGACCCUCUAAUCUCCACACAAAUGGUUCAACUCUUCAAAGAAAGUGGAGACCGAUCUGAGGCCUAGUGUGGUGGACUCCUUGCUGCGCUUUCAGCAGCACAACAAACUUAAACAAGCGGUGUUGCGUCUCUUAAGGCUCUGGUUCUGGUUUAGUAGGCUUUCAUUUUGGAGUAGGAAGACACGAAAAUGAUCUAUAAGAGACUACAGGUUUUGACAUGUAAGUAAAGAGGCUGUAAGUUUUGAUGUGUGAAGGAAGAGUCAUGCCUUACCUGUAUUCUCUCUUCACACCAUGCAUAGUAUUGUUGUCAUGUGUGAAUAAAAAGACACGCAGAACGACGGGUGGCCAUUUCGUACAGCUCUGUAUAUUAUCGUAGCUUGAAAUUUUUUCGAGACGCGAGACAUCAGACGGGAUAAGGUAAGUACAUUCAUUCAUUCGAAGAUGACUCUAACUAAUUCCCCUAGCAAAAGAAGUCGAAGGAAAAUGAAAGAUGACUCUAUCUAAUUCCCCUAGCAAAAGAAGUCGAUGAGGAUACAAUAGCGGUGCUGAAGGAGCAGUUCUCUGCGCUAGAUCAAGAUGGGAGUGGAAUCGUCACCUUCGAAGAAGUUGUCAAAGUUGCUGAAAGUAUUUUUACUCCUACACGUAGUUCUCACGUUUGUGUUUGAUAAGGAAGUGAUCAAACGAUUGCUGAAGGUAUCUAUUUUACUUCCAUAUUACAGAAAGAGUACUAGGUGGACCCUGCUCAACUACCUUAUUCUGUAUUAAUACAGAAAGAGUAGGUAUUAUUGCUGAUAACGCUUUCUUGUUCUUGUUUGCCUUUGUCCUUGUCCUGAGGACGAACCUCAUUGCACAGCUUAUUCUUGACUUUACUUCAGACUGCGGCAUCCGUGUGAACCGAACGGAGUUGGAACAGUGCAUUUUCGCUUUGCAUGCUCCAGGAGUGAGUGAGGGAAAACUUGAACUAGGUCUCAAUUAUCGAGAUUUCAUCGCAGCAUUGAUCGAAAAAAAAAUAGCAGUCGAAAGAGGACACUUGCAGGAAAUCUUCCGACGAUUCGAAGACCCAGCUUGCCCUGGAUACAUGACUGCAAAUUAUGACCUUUUUCAUUUGGAAUUGUACUUGCGGUGUAACUCACAGAAAAAUUUGGGAUUCAUCUUGUACUUGUUGUUAAUCUGAGCCUGGCGGGAUUGAGAUCAUUCAUCAUUGUAGGAUCCUUGGAGUUGUAGUAUUAUGGAGUUGUUUUGAUGGAGUAGUUGUAGUAUAACAGUAGCUUUAAUGGAGUUGUAGUUGUUUUGAUGGAUAUACUAGCUAGAACUGAACGGACGACUCGCUGUACUAUUUCAGAAAAUUUUUCUUCUAAUCCCCAUCCCUGAAGGAAGCGCUGAAAACGAACAAGCGGACUGCGGCUGCCAGUGGUGGCGACAUCGCGCAGACGGAGAUGUCUGGUAUCGAUGCUUUCAUGCCAAAGGAUGCCAAGACUAGGGCUUCCCCUAAUCCAUUUCGUGAAGCAUUCUAGUAGGGAAGCUUUUCAAGGGGAAAAAGCUCCUACGAUGAUCUUCAGGAUGGAUUAGGGUCCGCUCUAAGAAGAUCAACUUCCAAGCGUUUUUGGACUUAACCUACUCGGGAGAAUUGAGGAACUAGUCAGGAAAAGUCGUGAGAAACUGGUCAGUCGCUUUGACGGCAUAUCUAGCCUAUACGCUCACUCCGUCACAAGUGAGCCCACUCCUAUCCUAUCCUAUCCUUCUUUUCGUAGAGGUUGAGUCUUCGACGUCCAUGAUGAGUCUCGGGAGAAUAAUUUUUUGCAUGCAGAUGAUCAUUUGAAGUCAUGGUCCCAUUACUACUUAGCAUAAAUUUCGCUUAAGAUCUGAAGAUAUCCAUCACAAAGCCAUUUACUCGAAUAAAACAGAGAAAGCCUUUAUCAUAAAGGACAAAGCAAGUACCUAGUACAGAGAGAACAACUCCUAGUAUCUCCUAGAUAGGAGAUACAUAAAUGUUGACCUCCGAUCAAUUGAUGUUUUUUUGUGAAUAUCGAGCGACCCGGUCGGACCGCACAGCUGACAACUAAAGUUACUGUAGAAAAACUGCGUGACUGACAAGACUUUUCCUAUACUGGAUGAAUCUUGCACUUGCUUUGUGUAAAGUAGACUUGUAAGAAUUUUCUUUUCUUCAUGAAUGUAAAGUGAUCGUAACAAGAAUUUUCUGUUUUCUAUUGUUUGUUUCGAUAUAUGAGACCAAGAAACCGAACAAGCGUUACCUCUCAGAAAUUAACUAUUUUUACGUAUACUCGUACGUUGCUUGGAGAUUAGUCCCUGAAGAACAUUGCUCCUUAUGGAAAUACGAUUACAAGUACCUUGGAUAGUUUGGUUGUGGUUUCAUUUCUCUCCCGCUGGCAUGGUUAAGGUUUUAUCACCCUCAUUUUUCAGGAGUCCACUUCAGGACUCGUUAUUUUCAGUCAUUUUCACACGUAAGUCCAAGUCGUAUUUUUUUACGAAAAAUGGAAAACCUCACACUAUCUGCACAGUGCUGAUGAAGUCCUCAUCUUCAACGGGCUUUUUUAACACAGUAGCGAAAAAGAAUAAGCUAUCUCAGUCAUCUUUUCGUAAGGAAACCGAAGCAUG